AUGGAGAAGAGCCAAAACUGGUGGGGACGAGGAGGACGAUCGUGCAAUCACAUGGACCCCACUCAUGUUGUCCGUGUGAAAGACCACCGUGUGAUUUCUCAGCUCCUCACCCCACAGUUCCAGCGCGACCACUAUCGGAAACAGUUCCAAAAAAGUCAAAUUCCUUCGAAAUGGGGAAGCCUGCCAUUCCUCCGGCCACUCCCCCGCGCACCACUGACCCCGAAAAUACGCUCCAAAACCAACGGACCCCGAGGCAUCGGUAAACAGAUCCAAGGCAGCAUUGGUGGUGGCCUCCCUCAACCAGCAAGAGUGCCCGUUGUAACGUCUGAGGAAGGAGCUCCACACUGCCAGAUCCGCCCGAAGGCGCCUCGUGAUCCGAAUGUAAUGGAAAGGUUCCUUCACCCCCACCGUGGACAAGGACAAUCUACGACAAAAUGCCCGACCCAUCGGCUGGACCGUUUGGAUGCUAGUGAUAAGCCAGAGGCACCAUAUGGAUUAGUUACUCCAGAACCUACUGGUCUUGCUGGCACCCUAACUGGUAAAUUCAUUGGUCCACUAAAGAACCCAAACAUUAUCAACCCAGCACACAUGGUGCCAGCUAAUAAUAAGAAGGAUAUCUUGGAGGGCAAGGAUGUCAAUCUAGUUUCGCUGCUGAUUGCCUCCCAAGAUAUUCUUGAGAACAAGACUUAUUCUUAUGGCGAUGUCUCUGUUGCAUCUGCAGCUCUGGCUCAGUUCAAUUUCCAGACGGACUGGAGCCAGUUGGACACGGAGCUGUUUUGCAGGAACUUUGCAGGUCUCAGGUCUCUAGCUUGUGAUAUUUUCUCUUCAUCCUUCCCUAUCCCAACCUCCUCAGCUAAACCCGUGAAGGUGAUCAAGGACAAGCUUGGGUGUAAUAUUGUUUUUCUGGGGUUACCAAAAAGAGAAUGCACACUUGAACCACCAAUUCUGAUAUUUCCUGUAUUUCAUUGGAUGUUCCGGCUACCUCGGAUUUACGCAUGUGGCAGGAAUUUCUCAUUUAUCCCUUUACUUACAUCUGAUUCCCUUACUAAUUUUACAGGCACGGCUGCCACCUCAGACUUUGCUGCUAUUUUUGGUGAUAAUAGGCUAUGGGAGAUUUGUGGAAUAAUGAAGUACCACGAAGAGAGGUUGUACAACCGAUCAGACAUACACAGAGGAAGAAGAGGUCUAGUUCUCCCAGGUACCAUGCCUUGUCCACUUAACACAUUCGGAACUGUUGCACAGCUUGACUUUGCUUGCUUAUAUCCUGGCUCUUUAGCAAGGAGGAACUCUGAAAUUGCUGAGCAAUUUGAGGUUGACACCCAUGGCGGAAAAAUGCAUCAGAAUCCUCUUCAUACACUGGAUGAGUUAAAUGAAUCAGUAGAGCGUGGAAGCUGCGAGAAGCUCAAGUCUAGGAGCGUGUCUCUCCUAAAGAUUCCAUUGCUGUUUGGGUUCCUCUAUCUCUUCGUCUGCUCCCUGGACGUGCUCAGCUCAGCCUUCCAACUGGCUGGAGGAAAGGUGGCUGGAGAUAUUUUCAAAGAUAAUGCAAUCCUGUCGAAUCCCGUGGCUGGCCUUGUUGUGGGUAUUAUGGUCACGGUUCUGGUCCAGAGUUCCAGCACAUCAACUUCUAUCAUUGUCAGCAUGGUCUCGUCUGGACUGCUGGAGGUGAGAUCAGCCAUUCCAAUUAUUAUGGGCUCCAACAUUGGUACCUCAGUUACGAACACCCUUGUUGCACUUAUGCAAGCUGGUGACCGGAACGAGUUCAAAAGGGCUUUUGCAGGUGCCACUGUUCAUGAUUGCUUUAACUGGCUUUCUGUGCUUGUUUUAUUGCCUUUGGAGAUAGCCACAGGCUACUUACACCAUGUUACCAAAUUAGUUGUGGCCAGCUUCAAGAUCCAAAGUGGUAAAGAUGCUCCAGCCCUGCUUACGGUUAUCACCGAGCCCUUUACAAAACUUAUCAUACAGCUUGAUAACACUGUAAUCACUGGCAUUGCUACCAGAGAUGAAAACUUGCAUAACAAGAGCUUGAUCAGAAUCAUAUGCAAAGAGAAUAUUUCUAAGUCCUCAAUCCCCUCCUCGCUGAAUCUGUCCUUAAAUACCAGUGAGAGCUGUAACACCUCAGGGCUUUGCUGGCAGGGAGGGAAUGCCACCUCUCUAGACAAAGAAGUUGCAAAAUGUAACCAUCUAUUUGUGAAUGCACAUUUGCCUGAUCUGGCAGUCGGACUCAUUUUGUUGGCAGGAUCACUGGUUGUACUGUGCAUUUGUCUUGUCAUGUUGGUCAAAAUCCUUAACUCUCUUUUAAAAGGACAGGUUGCCAAGGCCAUAAAGAAAGUGAUUAAUAUGGAUUUCCCUUAUCCAUUCACCUGGGCCACAGGUUAUUUUGCAAUGGUUAUUGGUGCGGGAAUGACUUUCGUUGUACAAAGUAGCUCUGUUUUUACCUCUGCAAUCACGCCCCUAAUCGGGAUUGGAAUUAUUAGUAUUGAACGGGCAUAUCCUCUCACUUUAGGCUCGAACAUUGGCACAACCACAACAGCAAUCCUGGCAGCCCUAGCAAGUCCUGGUGACAAACUAGCCUGUGCUUUCCAGAUUGCAUUGUGCCACUUCUUCUUCAACAUUUCCGGCAUCUUACUGUGGUACCCAUUUCCUUUCUCGCGACUCCCUAUUCGUAUGGCGAAGGCACUUGGAAGGCUAACAGCCAAGUACAGAUGGUUUGCUGUUCUCUAUCUCAUUCUUUGCUUCUUGAUCCUCCCUUCGCUGGUGUUUGGCAUUUCUAUGGCUGGUUGGCAGGUUCUUGUAGGCAUUGGAGCAUUCUUACUAACUCUCUUUUUCAUUAUUGGUGCUGUAAAUUUGUUACAAAUUCACAAUCCAGGCUGCUUGCCAAAUCGUCUGCGGACCUGGGACUUCCUCCCUGCAUGGAUGCACUCUCUAAAACCCAUGGAUAGAAUAAUAACCAGUGCUACAUUGUGCUGCACGGAACACUGCACAUGUUCCAAUUGGAAUGAGGAUACUUACUCUGUUUUUGGACCUGAAAGAUCACCAAAACAGAAAGCCAGGAUGUGUUACGACAAUCCAGUUAUCUCAUACGUGGAUGACACUUCUUUCUCCAUAUCUCCUGUUAUGCGUGGUAAUAUCCUGAUCCAGAGUUCUACACAGUUAUAA